CGGGAGGAGCGCCAUGGAGGAGCCGGCGGCGGUCGGGAGCCUCAACCGCGGGGAGCCGGGCUGGUGGUACUUGUCGGCCCCGGAGGAGCCCGAGGAAGAUGGGGCCCCGCUCCUCAGCCUCCCUCCAGGCCCGAGAUCCUCAUCUGGUGCUUCCUUUGGCUUCUCAGUAUUUAACUUAAUGAAUGCGAUAAUGGGCAGUGGAAUACUUGGAUUGGCAUAUGCAAUGGCCAAGACAGGAAUCAUUGGAUUUAGAUAUCUUUGGUCAAUCAGUUCACUCUUUCCUGAGUCUUCUCAAAGGCUGCUGCUCUUGCCUUCUUUUUGUACUUGGCCUUCGCACUUAAAUAGUCAAAGAGCUGUCACUUCUUACGAAGAUCUUGGUCUCUUUGCAUUUGGCUCAGUUGGAAAGGUUCUUGUGGCCAGUACAAUCAUUAUACAGAAUAUGGGAGCUAUGUCAUCUUAUCUUUUCAUUAUCAAGUCUGAACUUCCUAGUGCCAUUGCAGGAUUUCUGAGUGGAGACCACAGUGGCUCCUGGUACCUUGAUGGUAGAUUGCUGCUUCUGACUACCUCCAUUUGUGUUGUCUUUCCUCUAGCACUUCUUCCUAAAAUUGGCUUUCUUGGCUACACAAGUAGUUUAUCAUUUUUCUUUAUGGUGUACUUUGCUCUUGUGAUUGUAAUUAAAAAGUGGUCCAUUCCUUGCCCUUUGCCACUAAACCUUGCGGUUUCAAAUUCUACCAGAGAAUGUAAACCAGCACUGUUUAAUUUUUCUAAGGAGAGUGCUUAUGCCAUUCCAGUCAUGGCAUUCUCAUUUCUUUGCCAUACGUCAGUAUUGCCAAUUUAUUGUGAGCUCCAAAGUCCGUCCAAAAGCAGGAUGCAAAAGGUAGCCAACACAGGGAUUGGUCUGAGCUUUCUAGUUUAUUUUAUCUCAGCGCUGUUUGGAUACCUCACUUUUUAUGAUCAUGUGGACUCAGAGCUGCUGCAAGGAUAUAGUAGGUACCUGCCCCAUGAUACCAUCAUCAUGACAGUAAAAGUGAGCAUCCUCUGUGCAGUGGUGUUGACGGUUCCUCUAAUCCACUUUCCUGCAAGAAAGGCUGUGGUCAUGGUAUUGUUUUCGCAUCUUCCCUUCUCUUUGAUCCGCCACAUUUCUAUCACUUUAAUACUCAAUGCAAUUGUUGUCUUGCUUGCAAUGUAUGUACCAGACAUCAGACAAUUUUUUGGAGUUGUUGGUUCUACCUCAUCAACCUGCUUACUCUUUAUAUAUCCUGGGUUGUUUUACCUUAAGAUCAGUACAGAAGACUUCGUUUCACAACAUAAGCUUGGGGCAUGUGCACUGCUAGUUUUUGGCCUCUUGGUCGGUCUUGUCAGUUUAGCACUAAUCAUUUACAAUUGGAUUCAUCAGUGAAAGCAUUCCUGCCUUCUGGAACUUGGAACUGCCACUCAAAUAAACAUUACAGCAAUAUGUUAAGUAAAAUUACUAUGUCAAAUGCUGGGGAGAAAAGAAGACUUUACAGAGAUUUGGAAAACACUGCAAACUACACCAGAGAUCAGUAUUUUUCUUGCCAUACUGCAAAACUGAACUGGAACUGAAGAAUAUUGUGGAACAGCUCUAUCUUUAUUUUUCACUCUCCAAUAAUCCCAUUCCAUUUACAGGCUUCUCUGCUUUGCAAACAACAACCAGGAUGAUCAAGUAGAGAAACUCAAAAGAGCCCAGUGACAUCAUGUUACAUUGUGUGUUUCCAGUCUUAGGUGCUGUAAGAGAACUGAAGAAGGUUGUUUUUGUAGUGCUUGGGGGGGGUGUGCUUUUUUGGACAACAGCUCCAGAAUCCCCCGGCCAGCAUGGCCAAAGGAUUUUGGGCAGUGGCAUCAAAAAAAUCCAGAAAUUUCCCCAUGUUUUUCCUAUCACUGUCAGGCUACUGAAUAAUCUAAUGACUAGGACCCAAAUGUGGUAGGGUUGUGGCUGAAAUCCAACAAUGCAGGCAGUCUUCUGAGAAUGAAAUCUUCCCACACCUGCUGCUGUCAGUUUUUACAGAAACAGCUUGCAAAGCUGCUCCAUUCUCCUUGCCCACAAAGUGCUUGGAUAUGCAAACUGAAGCCAGGUCUGGUCUAGGUUCGAUUAAAGCCUGCCAUCCAAGACAAUUUAUAGUUUAGCAGAGAAGCAAGAAAUCAUGGUGAGAUUAACCCUGCCUGCCAGUGUGUCUUGACUUUUUAACUGAACAGUAAAAUGUGUACAGUUUUUUUAUCCUUCAGUGCAUUCAAAGAUAAGAUCAAAGGUCUAAUGUAAAAUAAAACUCCAUUUUCUUUCAAGCA